AUGGGCUGGUUACUUCCCGAGCGCAAAGUAAAGACCAUACACAAGUCUUUUUUCCAUCUAAAGGACUCCUAUGGGUCCACUCAGCUUCUCGUGGACCAUCUCCGUGGUUCUUCUUGGGCAGAGCUUUCUCAGAUACCCGUGGAAUCCACAGUCCUAAUAGAGGGCAAUGUUGUGCUGCGGCCUGUCCAUGCUCGGAAACCUGGCCCUACCGGUUCUAUUGAUGUCGAUGUCGACAAGGUCGUUCUUCUAAACCCUGCAAAUGAACAGUGUAUGCCCUUUCUUCCCUCCAAUAUCCAUAAUCUGCCAAAUGAAGAGCUCCGUGCACGGUACCGAUAUCUAGAUUUGAGGCGUACCGUCUUGUCAGACAAUCUCAAGAAACGCAGUCAAGUAACUCAUAUAAUUCGCAACGUGCUUCACGGUUUUACCGAAGUCGAGACUCCUGUUCUUCUCAGAUCUUCGCCUGAAGGCGCGCGUGAAUUUCUUGUCCCCGCUCGGUCGGCGGUCGCAGCUCCGGACGUCGGGAAUGCAGAUCCAGUCUUCUACGCAUUGUCUCAAUCGCCUCAGCAACCGAAACAGCUCCUUAUAUGUUCUGGAGGCGUCGAUAAAUACUUCCAGAUCGCAAAAUGUUUCCGAGAUGAAGACGGUCGCAAAGACAGGCAGCCCGAGUUUACCCAGGUCGAUCUUGAGAUGGCCUUUGUCUCUUGGGGUGAAAAUCAAGUUUCCGAUCUUGUCGAAAAAAGUUCAAACGUCUGGCGGAUCGGCGGCCUUGAAGUUCGCCAGAUAGCCGAAGACUUGUUCGGUUCUGAUAAACCUGACACUCGAUUCGGACUUGAGAUCAUCAAUAUUAGUGAUGUUUUACACGCUAAUCAGACAUCUCCAUUAACGGAUUCAAUACUUGAAUGCAUUGUGGUUAGAAAGUCUACUGAUUCGGACUUCAUAAAAGCUUCACGGGCCUUAGCACCAGAAGCAGACACCAACAUCGAACACAUUACCCUUACAGAAGCCAAUCGAGAAACAUGGCUUUCCAACAGCAAGGCCAUUUCUCAUGUAUAUUCUAACAUUGCUCCCACGGACCUUGUGACGGUGAACAAGGCCCUCAAUCUGAAGCCAGGAGAUGAUAUAUGGCUUAGCUAUAGGCCCCGUCGUCCGACGGGUGGGUCCACUUCUCUCGGCAGAGUCAGGCUACAAAUCUGUGAACAAGCUCAAGUACGAGGAGAGUUUGUCAUCACCAAAGACCCGCACUUCCUAUGGAUAACCGAGUUCCCUUUAUUUACUCGGGACGAUGCAGACAAGGAUCAUCUGGCCCAUGGCCGAUGGAGUAGCUCACAUCAUCCUUUUACAGCACCAAUGUGGGAGGAUAUCGGCGCCCUGUAUCGCGGGGAGGCGGAAAACGUUCGCGGGCAGCAUUAUGAUCUCGUCUUGAAUGGGGUCGAAAUUGGUGGAGGCUCGGUCCGGGUCCACGACGCUAAAAUGCAGGAUUACAUAUUUACAACUAUCCUGGGGCUGACUGACGAAGAAAAACAUCCUUUCCAACAACUCCUGCAUGCCCUUCAAUGCGGCGCCCCUCCACAUGGUGGCAUUGCGCUAGGUCUGGAUCGCAUCAUGGCCAUCCUUUGCAAGACCCAAUCAAUACGCGAUGUUAUUGCCUUUCCCAAGUCGGCUUCAGGGACUGACCUUUUGUUCAAGAGCCCAGCCGCUGUUAGCCGCGAAGCUUUGGAAGAAUACGGUAUAAUGCCAAGACAGACGUCAGCUUAA